UUUUACGAUUAUCGCUGUCCAGGAUUUGGCGGUCGCGUUGCAACUCCGCAAAUGAUCACGUACUUCAAAACAAAUGGAAGUGCUGAAGAAUGGCAAGGAAUCCUUCUGGUGUACUCCGCUAUGACCCUAAUCUCUGCGGUUUUAUUUGCCGGUUGGGGAUCAGGUGACGUACAGGCUUGGAAUUCUCCUGUGGAACAACGGAUUGAUCCAGUCGAUGCGGACAAUAAGCCUCUAGUCCUCUACAAAGAGAAGACGACUUCGCCGACUUUGUAG